AUGCAGAUCUUCGUCAAGACCCUUACUGGCAAGACCAUCACCCUUGAGGUCGAGUCCAGCGACACCAUCGAUAACGUCAAGACCAAGAUUCAGGAUAAGGAGGGCAUUCCCCCUGAUCAACAACGCCUGAUCUUCGCCGGCAAACAGCUUGAGGACGGCCGUACCCUUUCCGACUACAACAUUCAGAAAGAGUCUACCCUUCACCUCGUGCUUCGUCUGCGUGGUGGUAUGCAGAUCUUUGUCAAGACUCUGACCGGCAAGACAAUUACCCUUGAGGUUGAGUCUAGCGACACCAUCGACAAUGUGAAGACGAAGAUCCAGGAUAAGGAGGGUAUUCCUCCCGACCAACAACGUCUGAUCUUUGCCGGCAAGCAGCUCGAGGAUGGCCGUACCCUGUCUGACUACAACAUCCAGAAGGAAUCCACCCUUCACCUCGUUCUCCGCCUCCGUGGUGGUAUGCAAAUCUUUGUCAAGACUCUUACAGGAAAGACCAUCACCUUGGAGGUGGAGUCAUCCGACACAAUCGACAACGUAAAGACAAAGAUUCAAGACAAGGAGGGUAUCCCUCCGGAUCAGCAGCGUCUCAUUUUCGCUGGAAAGCAACUUGAAGAUGGUCGCACACUCUCGGACUACAACAUUCAGAAGGAAUCCACGCUCCACCUUGUCCUCCGUCUGCGUGGUGGUAUGCAGAUUUUCGUCAAGACACUCACCGGAAAGACGAUCACAUUGGAGGUUGAGAGCUCCGACACCAUUGAUAACGUCAAGACUAAGAUUCAAGAUAAGGAAGGAAUUCCCCCAGACCAGCAACGUCUCAUUUUCGCUGGUAAGCAGUUGGAAGAUGGACGUACGCUCUCCGACUACAACAUCCAGAAGGAGAGCACGCUCCACUUGGUCCUCCGCCUUCGUGGUGGCAACUGA